AUGGCUCUCAAUGCCAUGUCCAUGUCAAUCCCCUCAGACCUGAAUUUGGACGAGAGCCAAGGUUUGGUCCGCAAUUAUAUUGACGGCGUCCUCGUCGACCUCCUCCACCAAUUGACCCAAUACCCAUUCGAAGGGCAACCAUCAAUCACCCUUCGUUGCAGGCCACGUGCAGCAACAUGUGCGAUAAAUCCACGCAAUGGGGCUCUUGAGACAGGUCGCAAUGACCUCGCAUACCGCUCAUUUUCAUGGCCGGGACGCACAGCAUAUGAAUCAUGGAAAUUCACGGUGAUCAUUCGAGUAUUGGCUAUAGUUGAUCAAGCUUUGCGAACAGGACAGUUGAUUUCAAAAAGAGACAUAUAUUAUAUCGACCCGGCAUAUUUCGGAUCACAACAGACGGUCAAUGAUGUUGUCGAUGACCUUGCUUUUACUAUUGGCGUCGACCGAGCAGCACUGAAUGUGGAAGCAGCUGGCAAAGGUUUGGUUGCUGGGUGCUUUCGUCUGAGCCGCGAAUCAUCGAUUAUCAUGGAUGCCAGUGUCGCCCAUGAUACUACGAUUCCCCGGAUUGAAAGCACUGACGAGAUUGAUAUCUCCGGUGCUCGGUGGGUGUUUAUCAUUGAAAAGGAGGCAGUCUUCCACCGACUAGUUCGGAGCAGCUAUCCCACCCGGGCCAUCAUGGGUGAUGGAAUCUUGAUAACUGGCAAAGGGUACCCCGAUAUCAGCACUCGCGAGUUCGUCCACCAACUCUGGGUCGCUUCCAGCAGAUCCGACAGACCACCGCGUUUCUAUGCCUUGGUCGAUGGAGACCCUCAUGGAAUAGCAAUAAUGUCGACAUGCAAAUAUGGAUCAAUCAAGCAUCUUCAUGAGAACGCAAGGCUGAGCCUGCCGGGACUGGAAUGGCUGGGAUUGAAAGUAGCAGACGCCAUACUGGCAUCAGAGUCACCAGGUGCUAAUGAGAUCCUCUCUCUUACGACCAGCGAUCGAAGGAAGAUCCUCGCCAUGUUUCGCAAUAACCCGGUGUGGUCGAACGAUGGACCGGAGCCCGAAUGGCGUGCAGAGUUACAGCGUAUGUUACUGUUGAAUAUCAAAGCAGAGAUUGAGAUGCUUUACGAGCGUGAUGGCGGGCUUGAGGCGUGGAUUGAUCGAAAAUUGUUUCGGCAGGAAUGA